UAUUAUUAUCGUCAUCUACUAUAUGCUUUUGAGAUUCGUUUUAAUCUAAAGUGUGUCAAAUUAGCAAUUUUAAUUUAAUUGCUUCUUGUGCUCCUAUAUAGAGGUGUGUGAGUUGUUUUGUUAAAUUUAAUUUCUUUAGGAAAUUUGUGCCUGCAAAUGUUCUGUUAUCAAAAGUGAUCUUGAUCCGGAAGAUUCCACUUACAAAGAGAGAAUGUGAUCAACAGACUUCACACGAAAUAAAACAAGACUAUGCUCAAGCUUACUGUAAAAUGUUAAGAUCAUAAAAUUGAAGGUUCAAGCCUUCAAGAAGACAGAGCGAUGACAGCAGCGAAUUCUUGGAUUUGUCUAAUAUUAUUGUGGAUAGCUGCUGAAACAAAUGGGAAAACUCCAGAUGUUCAGUUAACCUGCAUCUUCUCAGAAGAUUGUGUCCUACCCUGUGUCUUUGAGGCAGUUGGAGAUGAGAUGAUAUACUGGUUCAGACAAAAUGUCCCGAUCCAGAGUUAUAUACAGGGGAGUGGCCGGUUAGAUCAGGCGGAUCAGCAAUACAACAGCAGGACAUCAUUAUUCACUGAAAUGAUUCCCUCUGGUAAUGCAUCUCUUCAUAUCCAGAAGUGUGGCCCACAGGACAGGGGGAAGUACAGGUGCCUUGUCACCAGCAGUCAAGAAACUACUGAGCAAUUCAUCAUAGUCAAGGUGGAAGCCCCUAUCCAGUCAGUGAGCCUGGAGACAACACGUCUCAGUGGUUUUGAGGAAGUCAUAUGCUCCAGUCAAGAUGCCUACCCUGCUCCCCGUGUAAACCUGUUCACAGAGCCAGCCAGUCUACCUGAUUCGCUCCAACCCUUCACACGCAAAACAGCUGACAAACAAGGCCUGUACUCGGUGGAGAGCAAGCUCAAGAAGCUGAAAGAUCUGACCUACAUCUGCCUCGUCCAAUCAUUCUACAGGUCUCAGACAUGGCGGGCAUCACUGCAGGAGAAAGAAACAUUCAGCGUGGAAGGUCAGGACCUCAUCAUCCCUUGUGUGGCUCCAUGGAAGCUGCAGAACUUCACACUGACAUGGUCCUUCACCAAAGAACACAAGUCCUCAACCAUCUACACCUAUGACAGCCUCACACAGCGGAGCUCCAGCGUUUGGAAGGAGAACAUGCGACUGGUGACCCCCAGGGGUCGAGGCGGAGACGGCUCACUGCAGCUACACAACCCGCUGAGUCUAGAGCACACUGGAACCUACACCUGCAUCCUCUAUGCUCACCAGACCAAACAUGAGGUUCAUACAAGAGUCAACAUCACGCUAAAGCCUGAAAAACAACAGUCCGAGAGCUCCCCCCAGCGGUGGAUUCCUGCUGUGAUCACAGGCCUUGCAGUCACUGCAGUCGCAGCAAUAAUAGGAAUUAUAAAAUCUGGCUGUACAAAAUCAAGUAAAAUCCAUGGAGAGGCUACAGAAAUGCAACCAAUGAGAGUGACUGUUGCAAACAGCAGAGCUGCAUCUGAGGACACCUGCUUAACAGAAGAGAUCGCCAACAGACCAGCGUGAGAAUACAUGGGGGAAAGUUUGUUUAAAACAGCAUACUGUAUAUGGGACUUCAGUUACCUCAACAACCUUUCAGGUCUUCUUCAAAUCCUGAAAAGUGAUUGAUUUACUGCCAAGACUAAAUGAGAGACAAGAAGUAUUUAUUCAUUUUAUUUUCAUUAUUUUUAUUAAGGAAAUAUCCAGUGUUGAAUUUCUUUGAACUUUUACUUGUAUUUUACUUGAAUGCACUAGUGAAUUGUAUAUUCACACAAAUAAUGUUUUGAAAUGUAUGCAUAUUAUCUGUUGAACUCACAUAUGAAAACUAAAUUAUUCUUUUUUUUUUUGUCUAUAUCUG